CGCUUUUGGAGCUUUGCCGACAACAUGCGCAAGUCAACUGGCCUCCCCGGGACUAUUCGGUAUAAGGAUAAUUGUGCACACUCGCCAUUAGAUAUUUGUGAACUGUUCGCCACGCGUUUCGAGGAUAGCUUCAUCUCUAACAUCACACCUCCGGAGGCUGUUGCUUCCGCGCUCGUGAACACUCCGGCUGAUGCAAUUCAUGUCACGCUACCUAUCGUCACCGAGACCCUGGUUACCCAAAAAAUCGAGCGUCUAAAGUCGUCAUACUCCGAGGGGCCAGAUGGUAUCCCAGCGACAAUUCUCAAGCGUUGUGCCGUAUCGGUAGCUCCUGUUUUAACUAAGAUUCUUAACGAAUCUCUGCGCACAGGAACCUUUCCAUCACUGUGGAAGGUCUCUUGGCUAACACCCAUCUACAAAAAGGCAGCAAAAACGAAGCAGUGAACUAUCGAGGUAUUACCUCUUUAGCUGCCUGCGCCAAAGUGUUCGAGCUAAUCAUCUAUGAACCAUUAAUGGCAUCUGCCGGCAAAUACAUCAGCACUAACCAACAUGGAU